UUUUUUUUCUCUCUUCUUUUUCUUAUUACUUUUUUAACCUUUCUACUUCUUUCUCUCUCCAUUUCUUUCUUUUAUUUUAUUGUUUUAUUUGUUCUAUGAUUUUAUCGUCAUGAGUGAUCUCUCUUGGUGUACCCAUUGUGACAAUGCCAUUAGCCAGUUUUCGGAAUCAUUGUAUUGUAGUGAACAGUGCUUACGGGCUGACGCUUUGAGGAAUCACCCUUUACUCGGUUAUACAUAUCCUGAAUUUGUCGAUUUCCCAAGACCUAAACCAGUAGAACCAAGUAUGUCACGAAGUCGAAGUAGUAGUAAUAUAUCCACCAAAAGCUCACCUGAUUCCAUUCAUACGAUACCAACAUUAUCUUCUUCUCAUUCCACUUGUCAUUCUUCACCCACUUUAUCUGCAUACGAUUCGACACAAACUCCUCCACUCCUUAGUCUUUCACCUACGAAAAAAACAAAUCAAAAAUCAAUACCUUCUUUCUUAUGGGUUGGUGCCACCACUGCUACCACAGCUUUAUCUCUUACUCAUUCUUAGUUUAUCCUCCUUUUUGGUCUCCAAAACAAGGAAAAUCACUCUUUGUAUAUAGAUUUCCCCUUUAUUCUUUUGUCCCUCCUUUUUUUUUAUAUUUCCCUCAUU